CCUCAUCGAAGGAGGUGUCGUCGUUAAGUCAGCUCGUUAGCCUCGCGGCUUUAUUAUCCCACGGUCCCCGAGCCACGUGAUUCUGCUGCGACAUUUUUUGGAGAAAAGAGACUAUAUACUCUGUAUAAGCAAUAGGCUGAUAGAGCAGCUGCAAACUAAAGUCAAGAGAGAGAGAGAGAGGGAAGUGGAGAUUCGAUUCGAUACCGAAUGGAUAGAUUUCAGAAUGUCUUCUUCAUCUUCCUCCUCUCAAUGACAAUUGAGCGUAAUACAUGAGGACGAGUGACAGGAUGAGUUUUAAUCUUAGAAAUCGACAGAGCAUCUUAUUGGAUGCUUGUUAAGAGCAUUAAUAAAAUUUGACGAGACUCUCGGAAGCAUCUUCUUCCGAAUAUAACUCAGGACCGGAAGUCUAAGGCCAUUCACGUAGACGCGUAUUCCACGCGGCCCGUUACUACUUCCAUGUCUUGGAAAAAUAAGCUCUGCUCUUUGAAAACUUAUCGCAUCGUCUUCACCAGGUCACUUUUCAAAUUUUACAUCGAAAAGUAUCGGUCGUAAUUGGUCGCUGCCGUGUCGGAGGUAUGUGUUUGUAAAAAGGGCGGGAGAUUGUGAAUUUUCAAAAGAUUAAUUUUCUCUCGUAAAUUUCACUCGAAUGCACGCAUAACCGCUUUAAUAAGACAAAGCCAUAAAAAGCAGAGGGAAACUCUGAAGGAUCGAAACGUAAUAAAAGGCUCUAUCAAUCCUACCAACCGUACGGCUCUGGUUGUCGCAGCACGACGUCAGCUGUUAAGUUUCGCGAUGGUUUACAUUCCGAAGGCAAUCUAAAAGUUUCGAAUCGGAUUCCCUCCGGUCCGGGCUGGGCGCGCAAGGCCCGGCUGCAUUGAACUCCGCUCAGUGAGACUUUCAAAGUCGCGGGCUCUCAGACUCGCCAUGUGUUGCCCGGACGGCUGCUGAGUAUCUACCUGCUCGACCCGAGACUCUAGACUCCUCAAGUAACUUCGGGGACAGUCACACACAUGUUGGAGUACUGGAUGGCCAACAAUGCUUCCGGGGCGAACGGAAGUGAAUUCGAAAUCGAGGAGGUCCUCGAGGAUCCCGGCUCGGCCAUGCUCUUCUCCGGCUACCCGGCCUGGAUUCUCUACUUCGCCGCCGGUUGCUGCGUCCUCUUCAUGUUCAUCGGGAUUCCUGGGAACCUCAUCACCGUCGCCGCCCUCUUCCGCACCAAGAAGUUACGCAACGCUACCGCCGUCUUCAUCAUGAAUCUAUCCGUGUCGGAUUUGAUGUUCUGCUGCUUCAAUCUGCCGCUGGCUACGUCCACCUUUUGGCACGGCUCUUGGCUUCAUGGACCAUUACUGUGCCGACUCUUCCCAUUGCUGAGGUACGGACUCGUCGCCGUCAGUCUCUUCACGGUACUAGCCAUCACCAUUAACAGAUACGUCAUGAUUGGCCAUCCCCGACUUUAUCCCAAACUGUAUAAACCCAAGUACCUGGCCUUGAUGGUUCUGGCUACGUGGACCUUGGGAUUCGGUGCACUGGUCGCUACCUGGUUCGGCCAGUGGGGCAGAUUCGGACUGGAUCCUUCCAUUGGCUCCUGCUCCAUCCUGCCUGACGUCAAUGGACGCAGUCCCAAGGAGUUCCUGUUUAUCGUCGCCUUUCUCACGCCUUGCAUCGCCAUUGUCGUCUGCUACGCGAGGAUCUUCUACAUCGUACGGAGAACAGCCAUGAAGAGUAGAAGGAACAAGAUCACUACUGAUCUUAUUAAAGCUAAUUUGGAGGUCAGGUAUACUAAGAAUUUUGAAGAUUCGGCUAUAGGAUCUAGCUGUGGUGCCACUUUGACUACUACGGAGAACGGAAGUUCCCCAACCAGGACGGAGAAAGUGAAUUUUCUCGGUUCAAAUUCCCCUAGGUUCAGUCCAAGUUAUCAUCAGGGAUGCAGGAACACGUCGAACUUUGAGUACGGCCGGCAGACAUCUAAAUUGAACGAACUACAUUACGGUCAGAAUACUGUAAAGGACAGUGGCGAACAUGAUCAAAAUGAAAAUGGUAAUACUGUAGAUGGCAGUAACUUGAAGAGAAGCUCAUCCAAAGGCGAAGGGCAUCAGCAGUCGCGCAGUCAAAACGUAAAGUUUUACGAUGAGAAUUCCGAAGAGAGAGAAGACGAGGCUGCUUCCGGAAGCAGGGAGAACAGCUUCAGGAAACCGAUGAGGAAUGGCCAGCAAGCCAGAAAUCGAUAUUCGAACGACCCUGCUGUAGACGGUAACUCGAUUCCAGUCGAGAAUCCGGAGAAGCAGGCAAGAGAAAAUGACGGGAAUGGUAUCCGCAAGAAUUCUACAACACGGGAGCAGAGACACGCUGCUAAAAACCAAUCUGUCACUUUCGGCGGGGUUAAGAAGAAUUCUGGUAACUUCGAGAACUUCAUUAUUGACAAUGAGAAAGGUCCAUCUCCUUCGUUGGCCCUGAACGCUAGCAUUGAUAAUUCAGAGAACGUCGAAACCGGCGAGGAAUCCUACGACACGGCCAAGUCGAACCUGGACAGCAACGGCGAGGACAUACCGUUCAUCGAUACGAGUGUACAAACUAGUAGCGAGCUCGACUCGUCUUUCGAGCGAUCAAAGACUCAGUUGGCUGGACCGGAAAUACGCCUGGAAGAUGCAUCCAGUCCUCGGAGCCAGCAGAUUCUCAAUCUGGAGAGUCUCGAAGUGCAAAACAAGAGUACCAUCUUGGAGGACGGUCAUCAGCUACCUAGAAAGUACCUAAACGACCUAGAAUAUUCAUCCGAGAACCUACUGAGUCCUCAGACUAUCAGGUAUGAUGAGAUAUCUGAGGAUUAUACGUCCUCCAGGUCGGAAUCGCCCUCGGAAAGACGACCGGGUCGCAAGUCCAAUGUCUUUAACAGGGAGUCCAGGUUCCGUAGCAUGCGUGCUCGCACCUUCGAAACAGGAAAAAUGACUGCCAAGGAUAAGAAACUCUUGAAAAUGAUCUUGGUGAUAUUCUCAUCGUUUCUUAUAUGCUAUCUGCCGAUCACCAUCACGAAGACCUUCAGGGACGUAAUCGAUUGGCGAGGUCUCAACAUCGCUGGAUACAUUCUCAUCUACCUCACUACCUGCAUCAAUCCUGUGAUCUACGUAGUGAUGAGCUCAGAGUACAGGAGUGCCUACAAGAACGUCCUCUUGUGCAGGAGCGACUCGAUCGCGACGACGUCGAGACAUAGUCAGGCGGCGCACGUGGAGAAGAAGAAGAACAGUGAUUAAUAAGUGAAAUACUGCUCUCGGUCUGUACAUUGAUGAAUCGUUUACUAGGACCUUCAAUGAGAACAUUAGAAAAUGGUGGUCCCGACAAAGAUUAGGUCAUUUUCUACAAGACUGAAUAUUAUAAGGCUUGUGAUUCGUGCGCGUGUAUCAUGUGUAUAUACAUAUGGAGAGGCGUUAUUACUUGAAAGUUACACUUUUUUUUACAGUACUUGGUUAUUUUUUUAUUACGAGUUUUUUUAUUCUCCUACGUGUAAAAUUGACAGAAUCGGCGUAACCUCCCAAUGCAAAUGAAAAAAAGAGCGCAUGCUCUCUGUAACCCUCUUGCAGUCAUUUUAUUUAUUUUUAACUCUAAGUAUAGGAAGUAAUGCUGUAUAUAUUUUGGAAGUACGCUAGU